UCCUCAGUAGUUUUCAGAACCGUUCACAGAACUGUCGGGCCAAGCCAGUCAUCGAUCCACGUCAAUUUUCACAGAACUUUAGAUAGAUCUUUCGACAAAAGAAAAUGUGAAAUUGACCGAUCGAAAGUUAUAUUUUUAUGGUGAUAAAAAUUAACGAUGGUGUCGAUGAAAAUUCCAUUACUUUUGAACACGUGGCCGUAAGACGUAUCAUAGAUGCACGAAGAUGGAGCUCAGAAAAACGAUGGACCUGUUCGUGAUUCAUUUCCUAGUGAUUUACCACCUGCAAAGUUUGCCACUAGCUCACAGUUUUUGUCCCGUUAGAUGUCUGUGCUACUUGGGUCGACGCCCGAGAACUGUCAUAUGUUCGAAACAAGGUCUGACAAAGUUUCCAUCGAAUGUAACCGACAUUGUAGAACAUUUGGAUUUGUCAAAUAAUCUGUUGACAGAGAUCACGAAUGAUAUAGAACGCUUCAAAGAUCUACAGUACCUAAACUUAGCUAGAAACCAAUUACGCUCCUUACCAGACGGUGUAGGAAACUUAAAUAAUUUACGUAAAUUAGAUCUCUCGGAAAAUAAUAUCGACGAUGUAAUCAAUAUAGCAUCUAUCAAUCGACUACCUUCUUUGUCAAUCAUCUUCCUAUCUAAAAAUCCUAUAAAAGAAUUAAAAAACUUGAACAAUAGUGUCCUCCAAGCAGUAGAAGCGAGUUAUUGUGAGAUAAAACAAAUCGACGAAACAUCAUUGAAAGGAUUGCCAGAUUUGAUAAACCUAAGCUUAAGAGGAAAUCCAUUGGAAACGAUUCGGAAGCCAUUCAGCAAGAAGUUACGAUGGUUAGACAUGUCGCAUUGUCUUUUGAAUUAUUUAAAUCCUGAUACUUUUGCUGGUUUCUCAGUUCUAGAGGAAUUACGUCUAAAUAAUAAUCCUACGCUCGUUUAUAGUACAAGGUAUUCUACUCUGCAACACAUGAAUUUGAGACAACUGGAUGUUUCAAAUUGUAACUUGGACAGACCAGGUCUUCAUGGUUUGCCAUUGUUAACAUACGCGAAAUUAUCUCGAAAUAUGAUACGUCUACUUCCAAAUCGAAUUUUUGCAAGGAAUAGGCAACUGACUCAUCUAUUUUUAAAUUCCAAUGGAAUAGAACAUUUGAAUAUAAGUAGCUUUGAAGGACUGGUGAAACUUCAUCAUCUAGAUUUAUCAGCGAAUGCUCUUGAGUUAAUCCACUCUUCAACGUUUUCUGACAAUAUUGAAUUCAAAUCGCUCAAUCUCUCAUAUAACAAUCUGUACCAAUUUCCAAAUGUGACGUCGGUUUUGACGUCUUUAGAUUUAUCUUUCAAUUUCAUAAAAACGUUGGAAAAGAAUUCUUUGAAAGGUAUGCCCAAAAUAAAAAGUCUGAUCUUAAGUGAUAAUGGACUACAACGUUUACCCAAUGGAUUACAAUCCUCGACUUUGACGAUGCUAAAUAUCCGAAGAAAUAGACUCGUGGAAUUAAAUAACAGUAGUUUCGUAGAACUACCUGCACUUGAAAAAAUCGACGUUUCAGGUAAUAGUCUAACUGAAGCGAUCGAUCCAAAUAUUUUUCAAAACAAUAUCAAAUUAAAAACCAUUCUACUGGAGGAUAAUCCAUGGCGUUGCGAUUGCAUGCAAUUAUACUUUACUUUUCAAUAUUUGACCAAUCCACCUGCAAAAACGUUGUCUUACUCUUUGAUCUGUCGAAGCCCAGCAAACGUCUCCGAUUACACUUGGGAGAGUGCCUGCUACAACGUUUGGAACGGACAGCUUGUCUAUAGCAAUAACAGAAUGUGGAGUUUUUUCUUGGUAUGCGUAUUCGUCCUGGUUGUUUUGGUGGGUACAGUCACGUCCAUCAAACACUCGAUCAAAAUGAAGAGACGAGCUCUCGUAGAAAGACGUCGUAUCGAUAGAAUGCAGGGUGUUGAAAGACUAAGGCUCUUACAACUUAGGAAUCAAGAGAGACAGGAAGCAUCUGAGCAACAACCGGAGCCAAGAAUUCAUCCUCUAGAAUUGAUCGGACCGCCCAGUUACGAGGAAGCUGUACAGAUGCCAAGACUGACGCACUCGUUGGAUACAUUAAACGAAGUUUCUGUAGAGAAUAUUAGCUUGACUAGAUUGGGCUCCGUCGAUAAUUUACAAAACAAGAGAAAAAGAUCGAGAAGAUCCAGAAAGAGAAUCCAAAGCGAUGACAAUUUAUUGAGAAGAGAAGAGCGUAGAAUUGAAAGACUCAGAAGAGAAAGAAGUAACUCUGCUGGUAACGUUUCUGAAAACGAACAAGGAUUACGAAUGACGAAUUCCACAAAGUCUAGGUCUUCGUCUACUCGUCGACAGAGAAGGACAAAUACUAUAGAGGAACUCGAGGAAUCUGCAGGUAGUGGUAAAGGUCGGCCGAGACCGCAAACGCCAAGUACUAGAAAGAAAAAACGUAGAACAACGAUUAGAGACGGGCAUUCAACGGAUGAUGAGGAUUCCGACAUCCAAAGAAUCGCUAAUAACAGGUCGAUCGUCAUCAGAGAUCUACGGAGGGAGCCAAGAAGUGGAUAUAGGGAGGUCCAAACCGAAUGCGAAUCUUAAGACUCAACAAAGUUAAAUGUCCAUGAUGUUGUAAUACUUUGUAUACUAUUUUUAUUAAAAACGCUUAAAAUUCUCGA